CCGCCGUGGCCAUGAAGAUGCACUUCUGUAUCCCGGUGUCCCAGCAGCGGCUGGACCCGCUGGGAGGCCGCUACGUGCUGUAUUCGGUGUACCUGGACGGGUACCUCUUCUGCAGGGUGCGCUACAGCCAAUUGCGUCGUUGGAACGAACAGCUGAGGCGGGUCUUUGGAAAUUGCCUGCCACCCUUUCCACCAAAGUACUAUCUUGCAAUGACCACAUCCAUGGCUGAUGAGAGGAGAGACCAGUUGGAACAAUAUUUGCAGAAUGUAACUGUGGACCCAAACAUGUUGAGAAGUGACAUUUUCAUUGACUUUCUAAAAUUCGUACAGCUGGACACAUUUAGCAUCACUACCAAGACAGCCUCUCUGGAUAUAUUUCUGCCAGAUGGAAGGAAUAUUCCAGUCGAAAUUCUAACAUCAGAUACCGCUGAAAGAGUCCUGGAGGUGGUGUCACACAGAAUUGGACUGAGUCAGGAGCUCUUGGGCUACUUCGGCCUCUUUCUCAUUCAGUUUUGCAAAGAGGGCAAACAGUCUGUCAUGAAAAAGUUGGUGGACUUCGAGCUCCCUUAUGUGAGUCUUCGAAGCGCUGAAGCGGAAAACUGCAAGGUCGGACUGAGGAAGUGGUACACGGACCCGUCCCUGGACUCCAUGCUGACGGACUGCCCGGCGGCGCUCCAGUUGUUGUACAUGCAGGCAGUUCAGGACAUUGAAAAAGAAUGGGCCAAACCCACAGAGGCACAGAGACAGAAAUUACAGGCUCUCCAGAAAGAAGACAACCAAACCAAGUAUCUGGAGCUGUCCCGAGAGGUCCGGCACUACGGGUACUGGCGGCUGGAUCCAUGUACCUGUGACUACCCACAGCCAGGCUGUGGGGCCGUCCUCUCUGUUGGCAAGAAUGAGAUCAGCUGCUGCAUAACCCUGCCUGAUAACCAGACCCAGGAAGUCAUUUUCCAGAUGGACAGAGUGAAGCGCUGGCAGGUCACUUUCCUUGGAACUCUGCUGGAUACAGAUGGACCCCAGCGAACUCUCAACCAGAACUUGGAGCUCCGAUUUCAGUUUAGUGAAGAGAAUCGCUGGCCCUGGUUUGUUAUUUACACCAAGCAGGCUUUUUUGCUGAGUAGCUGCUUGAAAAAGAUGAUCUCAGAAAAGAUGGUAAAGCUAGCUGCAGAGAAUCCAGAAAUGCAGAUGGAAGUUCCAGAACACGGCAAACGUAAAAAACACCGCGUUCAACAAAGCCAGAAAGAUUUUUCUCGUUUUCUACCAAGAAAAAGCAAGAUUGAGAUGGCGAGUGUUGACUGUGUUUUUGGGACCAUAGAGGAAGAAGACCUUUGAUGAGAAACUCUCACAUUUUUAAAUGUCCUCUGGGGCUGUCUCAACAGUGAAAGAGCUUGGGAAUUGAAAGUGGGCUGUCCACCAGCAGUGGAAGAAAUGGGACCCCUUCACAUUUUCUCUUGCCAUUAAGAUGAAACAAGAUGGGCUCGGGAGGGAGACAAACCGCAAGAGACUCUUAA